CUUAGAAAUCCACCACAACGUCAACUUCCGCUAAUACAAAUUGUUGUUAACCUCCUAAACGGCAAGUCCCUCAAUACCAGAAGAUGGCGGAACAACUACUGGAUCAAGUAAGAGACGCGGUGGAUGGCCAAAUUGACUUUGAAGGCCAGAAGCUAGCCGAAAUAUUAGCGACAGUUGUCCUCUCGAUUGUCGGAGGAAUUUCGUUUCUCGUCGGCUUCUUUCUCCAAGACAUAGCUCUAGCCCUCAAGAUCGGCCUUGCUGGUACAGCACUCACCUUCCUACUCGUUGUUCCUCCCUGGCCCUUUUUCAAUAGACACCCCGUCAAAUGGCUUCCCGUCGGAGGCGACCCGGCAAUUACGAAUACACAGCAGAACAUAGUUAUUGAUGAGAAACUCUUUACGAAAUAAACUGUUGUUUUAUUUGCGCCUCGAAGGCGUACUAGCUAUGGACUUCUGCCGUUUAGCAGAAACGUACUGGACAUAGAUGUUGUAGUCCGAGUAAUACAAUCUAUUCCGCAGUACCAUUCCGAAUCUUUCACAUGUGAUAUGAAUGUAUUCUUGUGAUUGUGAUU